CAUCAAGAAGUGAAGAUGCCAACGUUUGCUUGUCAUCGAUGUAGACAGCCGCUUCAUCUGCCUUCUUCAUUGACGGAAGAGCUGACACAGUCGGCUUAUGAUGUGAUCGAGGCUGAAUCAAUCUUAUUGCGAAAAGAUCGACAACCAAUAUCAGCAGGCGAAUCAUCAAAACGGCGAACGACUGAAGGGAAAGAUGAUGAAGGAAAGCAGGAUGACGAUAAUUUGUCUCCCAAUAACAAUGCCCUUUCUUCGCAUCUCAACCUGACGAAAGCAUUAUUUGACAUGCUAUCAUCUACCACACCACCUUCCAAUUGGACUCCCCCCACAAAAUCACCAUUGGUAUCUACAACCAAUGCUCGCAAAGUUGAUCAGAAAGAACGAAAGCGAAAGGCGAGGCUUCCGAUAGGUCAGCAUGGAAAUCUACUGCCGGCCAUCGAUCAUCCUUUGUGUGCAGAAUGCACCAACAUUCUACUUUCUGUUAUGGAAACACAGUUGGACGAAUUACGGAGAGAAAGAGAUGCAUAUCUGGCAUUCGAGGAUGAAGUGAAGAGGAGAGAUGUACAAGAUGCCGAUGAAGCCACACAAGAGGAGAUUGACCAACUGGCUGAACAGUCCCAAAAAGCUCAACAGGAAUUGGCUGAUGCUCAGCGAGAGUCUGAUGCGGUGGAUAUAGAGCUGGAAAAGCUAGAUGAAGAAGAGAAGCGAUUGGAGGAGGAAGAGAAGCAAUUCUGGCAGUCAUACAGCGCUUUGAGUUUGGAAGCAUCCAACUUAUCAGCACAGAGAUCAUCAUUGCAAGCCAGCUUGGCACAAGAUAAAGCACAACUCAAUCGACUGGAAUUGACAAAUGUAUAUAAUGAUGCAUUCUCGAUCGGGUAUGAUGGUGGAUAUGCUACCAUCAAUGGAUUGAGGUUAGGAAGGAUGCCGAACGAUCAACGAGGAAUUGAAUGGAGCGAAAUCAAUGCAGCUUGGGGACAGACUGCUUUCUUGUUGGUGACGCUGGCAAGACGGGUGAAUAUCGAAUUUGAGGAGUACAAAGUUCAUCCAAUUGGGUCUUUCAGCACAGUGGAAAAGCUGGGUGAGAGGAAAGAGAUUUACGAAUUGUAUGGAUCGGGAGAUUGGCAAUUAGGCCGACUGUUGACUGAUCGUCGAUUUGAUCAUGCAAUGGUUGCCUUUUUGGAAUGCUUGCGACAGCUAUGUGUAGGAGUGCAGGGCCGUGAUGAAUCUGUCAAAUUACCUCACUCAAUCGUACGUGAUAAAAUUGGAGGAGCAUCUAUUCGAUUACAAUUUGGAUCGGAUGAGAUUUGGACUCGUGCAUUGCGAAAUGUGUUGAUGACUUUGAAGAUUUUAUUGGCUUGGUCGAUCAAUGAUGCACCAGAUGAUGAUAUCAAUGGAGAUUUACCCAAUGUAGAGUAGUAGCAGACAGAGUAAUUGUAUUUUUAGUCAUUCAUC